AUUGCUGAUAUUCUCCCGAGAGGCUGGGAGAGACCGUGGCGGAAAGAAGCGCACGCGCAAACGCUACGCCAAGCAUUUCCCACCAGGCUCUGCGCACGCCUACAACUCCCAUCAUGCUCCAUCGGAGACAACACUGCUUCUCGCAGGAAGGCGGCCGUUCACCCCGCCACCCGUCUUCACACCUUUAAUACUCCUCGAUGUGCCUCUGGCAUUCUCGGGAGCUCUUCAAUCCCAUAAACAAGAGUACCAAGGCUACUUCCUAAGACCUCCAAGGAGGCGUGGCUUCGAGACCGGAAGAACGUCCGGUUGCCAAGGGAACGCCACGCGCCUAGGCGCCUGCCCAGCCACUGAUGCUCUGGCUGAGGCGCAGGCAACCAGUUCACCCAACUUGUAGAUACGGCUUUGCUCAGGAGCAGGGAUUCCUACAAUGGAGGCAUAGAGACUAAGGCUGAGAGACGCCCGAUAUUUAUUCCAGAGACGUAUACGAGUGAGUGAGUGGUCCAUUCCUGUUCCUCUUCAGCCCCUGGGCCCGCAGAACUAACUUCAAAGACCAGGUUUUUACUCCGUACCGUUGUUUCUAAAGUGUAAGAAGUGGAAAAGGAAAGGAUUUAUGCGCAUUAGUUUUAAUAAUCCAUGAAAAAGGGUUGGAAAAUCACAAUCCAGGAUUCUUUGGAAAAUGAAUAUUCAAGUAUCAAGUUUUUGACAAUCGAUGCUUUAUAGUGGAUGCCCAGAGGAUGAUGAGUAUGAUCCCCCAAGGGGCCUAAGCAAAAUCGAUGAUGCAACCUCCUUUUGAUGCAGUUGUCUUGGAAACCUCAUCAUUUAAGUUGCUGCAGCUUCACAUUCUUCAAGCUGGUUUGUAAAUAUUUGAAUCACAUUAUGGGAUUGCUAGACAGACUUUCAGGCUUGCUUGGCUUAAAGAAGAAGGAGGUUCAUGUUUUGUGCCUUGGUCUGGAUAAUAGCGGCAAAACAACAAUCAUUAACAAACUUAAACCUUCAAAUGCUCAAUCACAAGAUAUAGUUCCAACCAUAGGAUUCAGCAUAGAGAAAUUCAAAUCAUCCAGUUUGUCUUUUACAGUGUUUGACAUGUCAGGUCAAGGAAGAUACAGAAAUCUCUGGGAACACUAUUAUAAAGAAGGACAAGCCAUUAUUUUUGUCAUUGAUAGUAGUGAUAGAUUGAGAAUGGUUGUGGCCAAAGAAGAACUUGAUACUAUGCUGAACCAUCCAGAUAUUAAGCACCGCCGAAUACCAAUCUUAUUCUUUGCAAACAAAAUGGAUCUUAGAGAUGCAGUGACAUCUGUAAAAGUGUCUCAGCUGCUGUGUUUAGAGAACAUCAAAGAUAAACCAUGGCAUAUUUGUGCUAGUGAUGCCAUAAAAGGAGAAGGAUUGCAAGAAGGUGUAGACUGGCUUCAAGAUCAGAUCCAGGCUGUGAAGACAUGAGAAGAUAGUAUUUGGAAACCUCAACAAUUUUCAAUUCAAGGAAUGUAUCUUAAGGCAAACUGAAUACUUCAAAUUUUUAAAAAGAUGUUUGUGCGUCUAAGAAUGCUAAGACUUUAUAAUCUUCUGCUUGCAUUUAUGGAUUCUGAAUGAACUUUUUAAGAACAUAGGACUUCAGGUAUGCUAAUCUGACCAUUAAUUAAAACUAAAUCUUUCCUCAGAAGGGCUCCUUCCCCAGAAUUAUCAACUUCUUGGUAAAAGUCUACAUUUGAUUGUAAUUAGAAUGUUUAAAGUCAGAUUUAUAAGCCAUCUCAAUAUCUCAUCAUGAUUUAUAAUAUCUUUAAUGCAUUUUAUUUUUUAAAUUGUCUUCUAAAAUUUAGUUUUAUGAUAUGACUUUGCAGUAUGAUUGUGCUUGGAAAAAGAACUUUAAAUAUUUAUAAGGGACCAUGGGUAAUUAAUAUAUACAUAAAAUUUUUACUGUUUGUCACUAUCAAUAAAACAUAAUAUGCAAUGUACCAACUAGUGUACUUUGUUUACGCUGAAAAGAA